AUGGCUUUACUUGAUAUUCAACUGCGUCCAUCUCAACCUGUACAGUUAAAGAGUCCUCAUACCAACAACUCCACAUCGACUGUGCUACCAAAAUUUGAAGAUACAAUCAAGAUAGCAAAUGGAGAUGCCACGGGCUCUCAGCAACAGCAGCAACAGCAACAGCAGCAACAGCAACAGCAGCAACAGCAGCAACAACAGCAACAGCAGCAACAGCAGCAACAACAGCAACAGCAUACAACUGUAGCUACAGCCGGUUCUGACGCUAGCUCGGUUGGUACUCACAAACUAGGCGACAGUCACCAUCACAACCACAACCACGCAGGGUUCAAGAUGUUUAAUGUAAGUGAAUCCAUUACCACACCAACGUCGGCGUUAUCUACCCCACCAACAGUAAAGCCCAAAGUGGAGUAUGAAUCCAAUGAUAAACACAAUUUCCAAUCGCCAAGCUACAAAUCAGGGGAAAUUAUCUCCCAUACUUUACCAACCCCACCUUCAAAAUUAAAGAGCCAAGAUUCUCCAUCUUUACCCACACUUCCAUCGAAUGAGCCUGUACUGGAAAAGACUUCUCAAAAUACCGAUGCACAGGAUAAUCACCCUAAUGUCAAGCCCACGUCUCAUGUAAAUAAUGAUGGAACUUCAACAUCCAAAGCAAACUUAUCAAGUCCAGUUUGUCGCAACUGUAAGACUCAGACUACACCUUUGUGGAGAAGAGAUGAGACAGGCCAAGUAUUGUGUAAUGCUUGUGGAUUGUUUCUUAAAUUACACGGACGUCCGAGACCAAUUAGUUUAAAGACGGAUACUAUAAAAUCGAGAAACAGAGUAAAACAAGGCGCAGCUGGAGCAAAUUCUUCUAAAGGUGCAACAUCAUCAAAUACUCCAGAAUUGAAAUCGAAAGACUCCAAAUCAGGUAAAAAAUCACCAAAACUGAGAAAACUCAAGAAUGGUGGUGCUGGCAAUUCAAAUGGUACUGAAUAUACACCACUCUUGCCAGCUUCCAAUGGUAACAAUUCGCCAGCAAUUUUUAAACAAGAAAGUGGCAAUGGUGUAGGCGGAUCACACUCCUUCAACAACUUGUCUUCAAUGAAUGGGCAUGGUUAUUAUCAACAACAUCUGUUGCAUCAUACACCACAUUUUCCACCACAUUUACCAAAUCAUGUAUUGCAGGCACAUCAACAGGUCCCAUUACAUUACCCAUCAUCUACACCCACUCAAUUUGCACCUGGGUUGAGAAGAAUCACAUCGCCAUUGAUGUUAUCAACCACUUCAUCAUCAGCAGUAAGGAAUGAACCAAGAGAAACAGCAACCGGACCAAGUGGCUCUGCUACUACUACAGCUGCUACAGCUUCAUCAACAGCUGAAUCUAACUCCAUGCAUGCAGCAGCUGGAGUCUUGGAGAAUUUGUCGAAUGAAUUAGGGCCAAGUGCUACAUUCAAACCAGAUUUCAAUUCGGGAUCGAGACAAAAGGGAAUUUCGUUGAUGAGUAACAAAGAAAGACCAAAUAAUAGUACUAUAACAACUGCUACAGGUUCAACAUCAUCUAUUUUCUCAAGUGUUACUCCACCUCAAUUUCCCCGUUUACCAGCAUUAAGCACGAAGUCACCUGCUUUUUCAGCAGCACAAUCAAGGUCAUCUACUCCAACCUUGCCACCAUUGCAUAAAGUCGCUACUGGCGAGAUUACAUUGCCUUCAUUGAACAGUUUUACACAACAACCACAAACACAACUGCAACCACACCACAAUCAACAAUCAGCUUCUACUGUCCCACUACCACAGCAAUCGUCGCGCGAGCUGUCAUGGGAUAACUCCGAGCAACCUUCCAACACACCCAGUCGUGAUGAAACACCCAGGGGAAAUGACGAUAACAGCAACAAAGACAGAGAAAACAACAACAACAACAACAACAACAACAUUAAUAACGGGUCUAAUUCAAAUCAUGAAAUCACCAUUUUGAAAACACGAAUUUCCGAACUUGAACUAGUCAAUGAUUUAUACCGUACUCGUAUAAUGGAAUUAGAAGCAAUGGAACAUGCAGCAAGAUUAAGAGAAACAUCAAUGAGGAAGCGGUUAGAAGAAGCAGUGGAUUUACAAGCCAGCCAGUUGGAUGAAUAUAAUCGAAAACAAGAAAUGAAUGCAUCAAGAUUUGGUGUUGGUCUGGGACAACGAGUAUUUUAUCACCGUCCCAAUGAUCCUGAAAUUGCUGCCGCUGUUUCUAAUUCCAGACAGGUGAUUGGAUAUCAACUGUAUAUGCCUCAAGGUGAUCAACAAAUGGCUCAGGCCCAACGUCUGGGAAUUCAAUUGAGUGAACGAUUGGGUCAAUCUCAGAAACCACUGCAACAACAACAUCAUGAUGUUAGUGGCUCAAAUACCCCACAUAUCACAGAGGCAUCUGGUCAAGAUAAAGCUUCCGAAGGCGGCUUCAAACUACCCUCGUUAAAGAGAGAUAAUGAUAACGCAACCACUCAAGGUAAUGAGAAGAAAUCGAAAUUAAAUUAA